CUCUCUCUCUCUCUCUCUCUAACGCGCAGUUGCAGACAUUCCGUUAUCUCCAGGUGUACAAAAAUGCCGUCCGAGAUUCAGUUAGGUUCCCACACCAUAAGGUCUCAUGGAUACCAAGUAGCCAGGUUUCACAUGCAUGAUUGGCUUAUCCUUUUGCUGCUUGUGGUGAUAGAGGUCGUUCUUAAUGUGAUUGAACCGUUUCACCGAUUUGUCGGCGAAGAUAUGAUGACAGACCUGAAAUACCCUUUGCAAGACAACACUAUUCCGUUUUGGGCUGUUCCGAUAAUUGCAAUCAUAUUGCCGUUCAUUGUCAUCGUCGUCUUCUACUUCAUACGACGAGAUGUCUAUGAUUUACACCAAGCUGCGUUAGGCCUGCUCUUUUCCGUGCUUAUAUCUGGUGUUCUCACUGAUGCAAUUAAAGAUGCUGUCGGUCGACCUCGACCGGACUUCUUUUGGCGUUGCUUCCCAGAUGGUAAAGGGGUGUUUCAUAAUGUGACAGGGGAUGUCAUGUGUACUGGAGUGAGUAGUAUCAUAAAAGAAGGUCAUAAAAGUUUUCCGAGCGGACAUACCUCAUGGUCUUUUGCCGGUCUCGGCUUUCUGGCGUGGUAUUUGUCCGGCAAAAUCAAAGUAUUUGAUCGUAGAGGCCAUGUGGCAAAGCUCUGUAUUGUCUUUGCACCCUUACUCAUUGCAGCAUUAGUUGGAGUUUCAAGAGUCGAUGAUUAUUGGCACCAUUGGCAAGAUGUCUUUGCUGGAGGUUUAUUAGGGUUGACAGUGGCCUCUUUUUGUUACUUGCAGUUCUUUCCACCACCGUACGACUUAGACGGUUGGGCACCACAUGCGUAUUUCAAUAUGAUGGCAGAGUCGCAGAAUGACAACGUAUCAUCGACGAACAACAGAAACGUAAGGGAAUCGGAGCUUGGGAGUGUUUGAGUCUCUUUCGAGGUAUUUUCACAUCGCUCACAACUCAGUACUCAAUCCUAAAAAACACGUGAAAUGUGGGAGAUGGCCAAUUGGCGCACAUAGGUAGUAGAAAAACGAUGUACAGAAUACGGUUAUUCUGUUCCUUUUGUCCCUUUAUCUACUAUUCGCACCUUGUUGAAUUUGCGAAAAAAAUUUAUAGAUUGUGAUGAUUUCUAUAUUUUCGUUUUUUUGACAAAAAGAGCGAUCGUUUCUAUUCCUAUUAAACAGAUUUUCGACAUUUUUUUAUC